GGCUUAAAUUUUUCCCAAUCCAUUUUAAAUCGAUUUCGAAACAGAAAAAAGUGCUUGAGCGACGAGCGAAUUGAUUGGUUGAUAUCAUGCUCCAUUUCCGCCCGUAACUGUGAUAAAUUGGCGGAAAUGAAUUCUAAGAACCUCUUUCUCUAAUAUCAUUCGAUCACCCAGGGAACGCCGGGUAACACCCAACUACACAUAUUUAUAUAUAUUUAUUAUUGACUUUCAAAAUUAUAUAAGUGCAAUGAACACAUUACCUGCAUAAUAUUGCGAGAAGUAGACCGUCCGGCAUCGGCUGGGCAGGUGCUCAGCUCUGGGCUGCAGAAAUGUGUGAGAACGGGCAGCUUGAGCCUUGAAAGUUGGUAGCCAAACUUCUCUAAUUGCCUGCACAACAAGUCAAUUAGCGAUUGGUCAAAGGCCAAGAGGGCGUAUAAAAACGAAAGCUCGCUUCGACGGCGCUUGAGAAACGUUUGGGUUAUGGCUGGCUACUUUGGAUUUCGCUUCCUGUACAGGAAUCAACCGCUGUCGCUAUACUUUUACGCCGUGCCGCGUCUAUGCCUGAACCUGAUGGGCUUCUGGCCCGGACCGUUACAGUGGAGGGCGCUCGUCCAUUUUGUGGUCCUGGCCAUUGGCGUGGCAACCGAGCUGCACGCGGGCUUCUCGUUUGCGCGAGCGGGCGAGAUAACCAUGGCCCUGGAGACGUUCUGCCCGGCGGGCACCUCGGCCGUCACCUUGCUGAAAAUGUUCUUCAUGCUUCGCUAUCGUCAGGAUCUCCUAUACGUGCUGACCCAUCAGCGCCAGCUGCUGUUCCAAAAGAAGUCCCUGUCGGCCGAAAAGAAGCAGCUAAUGCGUCAUCAUUCCGAAAUGGCAGCCCGCUUCAACUUCUGGCCACUCUCCGCCGGCUUCUUUACGUGCACCAUGUACAAUCUGAAGCCAAUGCUGUUGGCCAUGCUGCUGUAUCUGCAGGGACGGAGCGAUGCGAUUGUCUGGAGCACCACACCCUUCAAUAUGACCAUGCCCCGUUGGCUACUCCAUGCACCAUACUUUCCGUUCACGUACAUGUUCAUCGCGUACACCGGCUACGUAACCAUCUUCAUGUUUGGCGGCUGUGACGCCUUCUAUUUUGAGUUUUGCGUCCACGUUGCCACGCUCUUCAACUUUCUGCAGGCGGACACACGUGGGCUUUUCCGGCCGUACAAGGGACUCGCACAGAUAAGAGGCUUGCGCAGCAUACGCUUCGAGGCGUCUCUGGUGCAGCUGAUCGAGCGACACAACAAAAUCUUCGAGCUAACCCACUUCUUUCGGCAACGCUAUGCGAUCAUCACACUGGCCCACUUUGUGUCCGCCAGCAUGGUGAUCGGCUUCAGCAUCUUCGAUCUGCUGACCGUCGGCGGCAGCGGCCUGGGCACCCUGCUCUAUGUAGGCUACACUGUCGCCGCCCUCAGCCAGCUGGUCAUCUACUGCUAUGGCGGCACUCUGGUCACGGAGAGUAGCGCUCAACUGGCCACCGUGAUGAGCACCUGUCCGUGGCACCUGUGCCUGCCCAAGCAUCGGCUCUAUGUGUAUCUCUUCAUCAUGCGGUCGCAGCGCGCCCUCACCAUGGCCGUGCCAUUCUUCUCGCCCUCGUUGGGCACCUUUGCCGCUAUACUGCAAACAUCUGGUUCCAUUAUCGCACUGGCCAAGUCUUUUCAGUCCUGAUCUGCUCAGCUGCUCAAUCCGACAAAUAUAUUGCAAUAUAUGUAAAGCCAAA